GAUCCGCUUGUUCCGUAACAACAUCCCGUUGGCUUCCUUCAGGCGGCGGGACUCGUGUAGCCGCCUCCCUAGGAGCGCCUGCCCGCCAGGGCUUGCGCGCUCCCCGGCCCGGGCCGCCAUGGCCACCAACCCGCAGCCGCAACCUCCGCCACCCGCGCCUCCGCCGCCGCCGCCGCAGCCACAGCCUCCUCCGCCGCCGCCGGGCCCUGGGGCUGGUCCGGGAGCAAGCGGGCCGGGAGGCGCUGGGGCCGGCUCCGGGGACCCGCAGCUCGUUGCCAUGAUCGUGAACCACCUCAAGAGCCAGGGGCUCUUCGACCAGUUCCGCAGGGACUGCCUGGCGGAUGUAGACACCAAGCCUGCCUAUCAGAAUCUGAGGCAGAGAGUUGACAACUUUGUUGCAAACCAUUUGGCAACUCACACUUGGAGUCCACACCUCAACAAGAACCAACUAAGAAACAAUAUCCGACAGCAAGUCCUGAAAUCAGGAAUGCUGGAGUCUGGUAUCGACCGAAUUAUUUCUCAGGUUGUGGAUCCAAAGAUCAACCACACGUUUAGACCUCAGGUGGAAAAAGCUGUGCAUGAGUUUCUGGCCACAUUAAAUCACAAAGAGGAAGCAACUGGCAGCACAGCUCCUGACGAUGAGAAGCCUGACUCUUCCGUCAUUACCCAAGGUGCUCCCGCUCCUGGGCCCAGUGCUAAUGUAGCGAGUGAUGCCAUGUCAAUCUUGGAAACCAUAACUUCUCUUAACCAAGAAGCUAACGCUGCUAGAGCUUCAACAGAAAUGUCAAAUGCCAAGGCCAGCGAGAGAGUGUCCAGAAAACUCUCCUCUCAGCCGAGCACUGACAUCAGCACAGACAAGGAGAGAGCCUCAGAGGAUGGGGCUGAGAGAGAAAAGGCUCCCCCUAAUUCCGGAGGGGAGGGCAUAGAAACUGCACCCAAAUCAGAAGAACCCAGCGAUCUCCCUUGUCCAGUGGAAGAAACUAAAAAUCAUACAAAGGAGAAUAGUAGCUUCCUAUUACAAAGUAAGGAUGCUCAGCAAGAAAGCACUGACCAAAAAAUUAAAUCAAUGGACAAAGGAGAAAAGAAACUGGACAGUAAUGAAAAAGGAGAAAGAAAGAAAGAAAAGAAGGAAAAGACUGAAAAGAAACUUGAUCAUUCCAAAAGGAGUGAAGAUACACAGAAAGCGAAAGAUGAGAAACAGGCAAAGGACAAAGAUGUGGAGAGCACGAAGCUUCCUUCUGAAAGAGUCAACAGCAGAGGCAGGGCUACCGAGGGCCUGAAGGAAGAUUACUCUUUGAUAGAUUCUGAUGUGGAUGGUCUCACUGAUAUCACUGUUAGCUCGGUCCACACCAGCGACCUUUCAUCCUUCGAAGAAGACACAGAGGAGGAAGUUGUUAUGUCUGAUAGCAUGGAAGAAGGAGAGAUUACAUCAGAGGAUGAAGAGAAAAAUAAACAGAAUAAACCAACCAAACAACCCAGCGCGUCUGCUGAGGGGAACGCCAGAAGUGUACGGCAUGCUUACGUGCACAAGCCCUAUCUUUACUCAAAGUACUACAGUGACUCUGAUGAUGAACUCACAGUGGAACAACGGCGGCAGUCCAUCGCUAAAGAAAAAGAAGAGAGAGUUUUAAGAAGACGAAUCAAUAGAGAGAAACUUGAAGAAAAACGAAAACAGAAAGCAGAAAAGACAAAGUCUUCCAAAGCAAAGAGCCAAGGCAAAAGUAAUAUGGACUUGGAAGACUCAUCAACCAAGACUUUGGAGCCCAAAGCCCCAAGAAUUAAAGAAGUCCUUAAAGAACGGAAAGUUUUAGAGAAAAAAGUAGCCUUAAGCAAAAGAAGAAGAAAAGAUUCAAGGAAUGGUGAGGAGAAUUCCAAAAAGAAACCGCAGGCUGACGAGGAAUCCAAGGAAGCCCCCAAAACGAGUGAGCACUGUGAAAAAGAAAAGGCCUCCUCCAAGGACCUGAAGCAUACUCAUGGAAAAGGGGAACCAAGUAAACCUGCCCGGAGGCUUUCCGAGUGCCUGCAUUCAGCUGAUGAAAACAAAACUGAGUUAAAAGUAGAAAGAGAAUAUAAGCGACGCGUAUCUACCCCUGUUGUAAUCGAAGGAGCUCAGGAAGAAACAGAUACAAGAGACGGAAAAAGGCAAGCAGACCGCUCAGAAAUUAAUGUGGAAGAGCUCCAGAAGCAGAAAAGCACCCUUAAGAAUGAAAAAUAUCAAAAGAAAGAUGAUCCUGAAACACAUGGGAAAGGCCUGCCUAAAAAAGAGGCAAAGUCGGCCAGGGAGAAACCUGAAAAAGAGAAGGCUCCAUCUGAAGAAAAGUUGUCUUCAAAACACAGAUAUAAAGGUGAUGGUGUGCAUAAAGUAGGUGAGGAGACUGAACUUCACUCUAAUGAGAAAAGCUUAAAAACAGAGGAAAAUGUUCAGAAGCAAAGUCAACAAACGAAACUUUCUUCAGAUGAUAAAACUGAACGUAAAAGUAAACACAGGAAUGAAAGGAAAUUGUCAGUAUUGGGUAGAGAUGGAAAGCCAGUUUCUGAGUACACUAUAAAAACAGAUGACCAUGCACGUAAAGACAACAAAAAGGAGAAGCAUCCAUUGUCUGAAAAAACCAAGGCCGAGCACAAAUCAAGAAGGUCAAGUGACUCUAAAGUUCAGAAAGAUGCUCUAAGCUCCAAGCAGCACAGUGCCACAUUGCAGAAAAGAAGUGAGAGCUGCUCUGAAGAUAAGGGUGAGACGGGCUCCACUGAUGUCGACAGUGGCUCAAAGCCAGAAGAGCUUCUUCACAGGGAGAGGCGAAGAGCAAAGAGCCUGGUGGAAGACAAGCUUGCGGUAAAGUCUAAAUCAAAAGGUCAAGGCAAACAAAUAAAGCUUUCUGAAACAGAAUCACAAGAAGGUGUCACAAAACAGGUGACAACUCCAAAGCCUGAUAAGGAGAAGAACACAGAAGACAGCGACCCAGAAAGGCAGCGCAAGUCCAAACUUGAAGACAGAUCUUUAGAAGAAUCUGUCAUUGAACCUGCGUUAGAGAGUGCUGUCCCUUCAGCACACAGCGCGCAGAAGGACGCUGGGCACAGAGCUAAGUUAGCCGUGACGAAAGAGAAGCAUAAGACUGAGAAAGACACAACCUCCUCCAAACUCGACAGGAAGUUCUCAGAUGGGCACAAAAGCAGAAGCUUAAAGCACAGUAAUAAAGACAUGAAAAAGAGAGAAGAAAAUAAACCAGAUGACAAGGAUAGUAAAGAAGUUGGCAGCAGUCAUGACAAGGGCAGAGGGAAUGGCUCAGUCAUAGACAAGAAAUUAAGUAGAAGGCUGUCUGAAAACCGAAGAGGAAGCAUGUCACAGGAAAUGUUCAGGGAAGAUAAGUUAGCAGUGAACAUUUCAGGCACUGCCAGUAGUUCCUCUCUGCAGAGACUGAAAAAAAGCAGUGACACCUCGUCAAUGCCUGAACAAGAGCCAAUGGAAGUUGAUUCUGAGGCAGCUGUCGACAAUGUGUCUGAGCUUUCUAAAACCCAGGACAUCAGCAGUAACAGUUCUCAGCAAGACACAGACAGUGAAAAUGUUCCAAAACCUAAAGCUGCUGCUGGAGUUUUAAAGGAUGAGUUAAGAACUUCCAUGGUAGAUUCAAAACCAGCAGCUGUGACCUGUAAAUCAGGGCGUGGACUAGCAGUUACUAGCAACUCUGAAAAGCAUGCUGACCAUAACGGCCCCUUGACCAAGAAGGUGUAUAGCCAAAGUACUGCAUCAAAGCCUACUCCAAGGGAGAGAGAGCCAGGUCAGCGAGGAGCCCAUGAAGUAAAUGUGGACUCUGAAGUGAGUCGGAAAGUCUAUAGGAUCCCAUCAGAAAAUGAGAGGGGACAGAAGAAUUUGAAAGGCAUGUCCAAAGCCACUGAGGAAUGUGGCACUCAAGGCAGUGCUUCUCUUGAGUACUCUACAGACUCUGCCCUCUCGUCAUCCUUAGGCUCUGUGACUGUUGUUUCUCAGAAAGAGUCUCAUGAUUCAAGUCCCAUGCCCAGAGUUGACAGAGAAGCCAUUUCAGAAGGUGGCACAGCCAGUGCCUUUCUUGUAAAUCAUUCCGAUAUCUCUAACCAAAGUUUGACUGUUAAAAAGGCAGAAGUCCAUAAGACAAAUUGCAGCAGAGAAGGUAAUGGUGGCUCCACAGUAGAUACGCCAACAAAAGCAAGCAUCAGUAGCAAAAGGCACCUUUCCGAAGAUAGCCAGGCCACGGUGCUAUAUAGUAAGGAAAGCAAAGCAAGCAUACAUGCUGCUGGCAAGUCAGCGGGCACAACUGGGGAGAAUAAGAGCAUUACCAAACAGAGGGGCUUGAUGGGCAAAGCCAAGAAAGAGAGUGAUCUGGGCGUAGAACCUGAAGUCAAGCAGGACAGUGCUUCAGCUGAGCGUGCUGUGGACCUGAGCACAAGGAAGGAAGCAGACACACUCAGACGGAAGCAUAGUCGAGAUCCAGAGGACAGUAAAAAAGUACCAGCUGAUGUUGAGAAGAAGACUGACAACAAUGAGGUAGACACCAGCGCUAGGCAGGACACUGCCUCUGGGCCACAGCAAAGGCACGGGAAAACAGAGAGGGUGGCCGCUGGGUCUGGUAGGCGUGACAAAGCUUUCAUCGCUACGAGUUCUGAAGGGAAGGACAAAGGCAUCAUGUCCAACCCAAGCAAGGCUGGGGAUGCCACCACCACUUCGUCAGAAGCAGGAGGGAACGGGAUGCCUUUACCUUGUACCAGUAUCGAGGCAGACGAAGGCUUCAUGAUGGGCACAUGCCCUAGAAGCCACAGCGUCCAAGUUGAGGCCGAAGCCAAUGAGUGUACUGUUUUUGCUGCAGCUGAAGAGGGUAGGGGUGUUGUCACAGAAGGAUUAGCUGAAAGUGAGAUUUUGCUCACAAGUUCCAAGGAAGGAGAAAGUGGAGAGUGUGCUGUAGCUGAAUCAGAAGGCAAAGGAGCAGGCCCUUUGACUGCUCAUACAGUUCAAACUGAAGCCAGUGUGAACAGUAUCACAACAGAGGAGAAAGAUGAUGCAGUAACCAGCGCAGGCUCUGAGGAAAAGUGUAAUGGUGCGUCCUGUACAGUUGAGGGGAUUGCUACUUUCAUUGGUGAAGGUGAAAGUGAUGGAGCUGUUACAAGUGCUGGAACAGAAAUAAGAGCAGGGUCUGUGACUAGUGAAGAUGCUGAUGGGUCCCAAGAAAAUAGGGCACGAGUUGGUCCUAAAAAAGAAACAGAAGGCACUGUGACGUGUACUGAAGCCAAAGGAAGAAGUAGUGACUUUACCUUCUGUUUGGUAGCCGGAGUGGGAACCCAAGAGCAACGUGUAGUUACAGGUGCAGAUGUGGUCCAAGUCAAUGAUGAUAAACCCCAAGAGGCCAGUGCCCACCAAGAAGGAGAUGGCUCUGCAAAUGAUGGCACAGAAGGGGAGAGUGCAGUCACCAGCACAGGCAUUACUGAAGAAGACGGUGAAGCAUCUGCAAAUUGCACAGGCUCAGAAGACAACAGGGAAGGCUGUGCCAUAAGUUCUGAAACAGAAGAAAAUUCAGAGAGUGCAAUGGACAGCACAGAGGCCAAAGACAUUACUAAUGUACCUUUGGUGGCUGCUGGUCCCUGUGAUGAUGAAGGUAUUGUGACCAGCACAGGUGCAAAAGAAGAGGACGAUGAGGGGGAAGGGGUUGUAACUAGUACAGGAAGAGGAAAUGAAACUGGACACGCUUCAGCCUGCACAGGGUUAGAAGAAAGUGAAGGGAUGUUGGUCUGUGAGAGUGCAGAGGAGAGUGGUCAGAGUGGCCCUGCGAUGGACCAUGUGGAUGCUGAGGCUGGGGCGACAGCUGUGACUACAGAUGACAGUGAUGUUGAUAGCAUGAGUGCUGCAGAGAAGGACAUCAAAGGCACCGAUGUCGGCUCCAGUGCCAAAGGGAUUGUGGAAAGCAGUGUGACCAGUGCCGUUGCAGGACACAGUGAAGGGCCACCAGUUCUAGGUGGUAGUGAGGGUCCUGUGGCUAAUGCCACUUCUCAUCACAGUGACAGUCAGCUUACUAGGAAAGAAACAGUCGAAGAUACAACUAUUACCACUGGGUUGGUGAGGGGCAGUGAUGAUGUUCUCAUAUCUGGAGCCAUUCCAGAAUGUGAAGUUGGCCACACGUCACCCAGGGGCAAAGGUGAAGGGAUCAUCACUUCUGUGGAAAAUGAAGACUGUGAUGCCCUUAUGGCUUCUACAGCCAGUUCUGAUGUUUCUAACAAGGACAGCUUAGCUGGGAGGAAAAGUCAAGGCAAUGGCUUGAUGAUUUCUACCAGUACAAGUGACUGGACCCCUCAGAUAAGUGCAAUUAUAGAUGUGCGAGGAGAACAUUUGUGUACACUGAGCACUGAAGCAAAUAUGGAAGGCACCAGAAUACGCAUGGAAGGAUUUGAGGCUCCCAUGCCCAGUGCAGUUUCAGGUGAUGAGAGCCAACCCACUGCUAGCAGAAGUGAAGAAAAGGAUGAGUGUGCCAUGAUUUCUACAAGCAUAGGGGAAGAAUUCGAAGUUCCUAUCUCUAGUGCUGUCACCGUCACAUGUGCUGAAGGACAGCAGCCAGUUGCAGCAGUUGAGGAAAGCAUAACAGGUCCAGCCUUGGUCAGCACCCAGGAGUUUGAGGGACCUAUGCCCAGUGCUCCCACUGAAGCUGAAAGCCCUCUUGCCUCAACCAGCAAGGAAGACAAGGAUGAGUGUGCUCUCAUUUCGACCAGCAUAGCAGAGGAGUGUGAAGCCUCUGUCUCUGGUGUAAGUGGAAAUGCAUCGUCUGUUCCAGAUGGGAGUGCAGUUAUCUCAACAAGUUCAGUGGAAGACUGUGAAGGCUCUGUGUCCAGUGCUAUCCCUCAGGGAGCAGCCUGUCCCUCAGUCACACCGGUAGAGGAGAUGGGUGACACUGCCAUGAUUUCCACAAGCACCUCUGAAGGACGGGAAGCUGUCAUGAUUGGUGCUGUCCCUGCAGAUGAAGGCCAGGCCCCUGUGAGAGAGGAAGGUUGGAGUGACACCGCCAUUAUCUCCACCAGUACAGCAGAGUGUGUGCUGACGUGCAGUAGCCCAAGCAGACCUGAAGACGCUCAGCCAGCCACACACAACCCACAGGGAAGCGGUGGGCACUUAGCUACAAAUCAGAGUAAGUGUAGACUACCCAUGGCCAGCCUCGGGGCUGGAAGUAACUGUCAGUGCCCUGGGCCAGUCACGACAGGCAAGGAAGUGGGUCCCUUGAUGGCAGUGAGCACCAGGGGGGAACAUGACAGGCUACCAGCCUGUGAGCCCUCUGUAGGACCAAGCCAACCAAGUACUGCUGUGUCCAUAGGAGAGGAGGAGAGACAUGGCAAGGACUACCCUGGUCAAAACCUCAAUGCAAAAGAAAAGAAUACAUUGCUGAGCUCUGAUCAGAGGGAGAACAGAAGUGCAGAGGCAGAGGCAGCCGGGAACAGUAGCACAGCCAGUGGUAUAGUAAGAAGGGACUCACCGUCUGACAAGCUGUCUCAGACAAACUGUUGUCUGAGAGGACCAGAACAGAAGUCGGCUGAGGACUCCUCUGGCAGUAUUCACUGUCCGGCAGCAGUAAAUGCUGGUGCUAAAACUGACGACAUGCUGCCCAUCACAGGUGCUGCACCAGAGAACCCUUCUGACCAGCAGGGACCCGAGAACAACUUGAAAACCACUACCAAAUGUAUUACAGGCCAAGAGUCAAAAGUGGCUGCUUCACACACAGCAGUAGCUCCAUCUGCUCCAAAACGGGAGCAGCCAUUGACUCCAAAAAGUGACCACAGGGUCACAUGGACUAGUGAAGGGUCUGCCGAGAAAACAGGACAUGGUUGUGCAAGGCAGUCAUUCCACAGGGAAGGAAGUCUUGAUGUCACCGUUCCUCCUGAGAAUAAAGGGUGUGACAUGGGCAAUGAGGAGUUACCACCAACGGGUAUAAGAGGAUUGGAAGUGUCAGCAAACCUAACAACUGAGACUUCUGUACAUUCAAAGGAAGAUAAAAAUCAUGGAGCCGUGGCAGCACCCGAAAGCCCCUGUGUUGGAAGGCCGAGUGGAGAAGCUGGACUACAGACGGAAACUUCAUUGAUGAGUGACUCACCAAAUGUUGAAAACUCAGAGUUAAGAGUCAGUGAAGAAAUUCACUGUGAAUCUCGAAACAAAGAAGAAGCACUCGGUGGUAGAAAAGACAGCACGGAAGCCCCAAGUGGUUGCAGCUUUGAAGCAGAUCCUGAGGAGGUCGAAGAGGAAGAAAGAGACAUAUCUAAAAGAAACAGAAAGCAGCAUUACCCUUCCUCAGAAGACGAGCUAGAUGAUAGCCCCGAUGUCCUGGAUUCCAGAAUAGAAUCAGCACAGACACAGUACUCAGGGACUGAGCCACAUGACACAAAGGAAGAGAACUCUGGAGAUCUGGAGGAAUUCUCUAGAAUAAGUUCAAAGACAAACAACGCUGCCUUGGAAGACCGGGAUGACUUCAGCAGCAGCGAGGGUGCGGGUGAAAAGACUGAGCUGAAUGAAGAUGACAGCAUCAAGUCACAGGAGGAUGGCCAGCCAAUAAUUAUUAAAAGGAAAAGAGGAAGACCUCGCAAAUACCCAGCAGAAACAGCCUUGAAAUCAAAAGAAGACUCCAAAACAGAGACUAGCAUUACCACUGUAGAACAAUCUCCACCUAGCAGCAAACCGAAAGCCAGCCAAGCAGAUGAAUUCAAUAAAGAAACAGCCAACCUACAAGAGAAAAGUACAAGCAAUGAUGGCAGUGAAGAAAAGGCAGCGAGUGUGCGUCGAAGAGGAAGAAAGCCCAAACGCUCGCUGACUUCAUCAGACGACGCUGAAUCCUCAGAGCCAGAAAGAAAGCGCCAAAAAUCAGUUUCUGAAACAUCUGAGGACAAAAAAGAUCAGGAGUCUGAUGAGGAGGAAGAGGAGGAGGAGGAGCCCUUGGGAGCCACCACCAGAUCAACCACUAGACCAGAGGCACAGAGAAAGCAUCCUAGCAAGCCAUCUACACGUGCAACAUCCAAACUUGGCAUCCCAGAAACAGUUUCUCCUAGAAAUCGCCAAAAGUUAGCAAAAGAGAAGUUAUCUACCAGCGAAAAAGUUAGUAAAUCUCCCCCAUUAGGAAGAUCAAAGGCACAGCUCUCCCCUUCUGUCAAGCGCAAGAGAGAAGUCAGCCCUCCGGGAGCUCGAACAAGAGGCCAGCAGAGAGUGGACGAAACGCCUCUGAAAAAGGCAAAGCGGUAAUGCUCACCACCCUGGCCCUGGCUUUCUGGAGAAGAGCCCAGUGGAGAGCAGGGAAAGACUCGCCCCAUGGGCUUUUUCUUUUUUAAAAGCAAGAAAAGGAUCUGCAUGUGCUGUAAGUUCGAGGUGCAAGCUUGUUCUGUUAUGUUUCCAACAGCUUUAUAAACCAUUGUCCAUAGACGGUAUUAUGUACAUUCACAUCAGAUAAAGGAAGAUCCGUUUACUUUGUAUCUGAACUAGCAAAGUAGUUGUAUAUUUUAACAGUGCAAAUUGGGGUUUCCCAAUUGUGACAAAUCACUAAUGCAAUCCUUCCAGCCCAUCAGACACCAGGCUGCCCCAUGGGGAUCUGUGUAUAAUAUAUAAACAUGUAAAAAUAGGCUGUAUUUUACUCAAUGUAUGAUGCUAAUCAAUGAACACUUUAUUUAUUUUACAGAGAAAUCUUAUCUGUGAACUUUACUAUAUAUCUGUUUAUUUUAUUUUAUUAUUUUUUU